GUGGAGUUGUCCGCGAACAAGAAAACUGAGAACUGAGAGUAACACCGAGUGUAACCCCUCCUCCCUCUGCCCCGGGGUUGCGACUGAUUAGUCAGUCUAGUGAUGACGGCAGCAUGAGCCGGAUGCUGAAUAAGCUUUCCUCUGUCGACCAUCAUCAUCCCCGACUGCGCCCCAGGGUCACGAAGUUACAGCGGCUGCUGCGGAGCUCGUUCACGCACACCGCUGCCCGGCCCUGCACGCCGGCCGUGUGUUACAGUAACUGCGCGGGCGGCGCGUUACAGUGCCGGGGGCACAAGCAUCACAGUGAGGAUGCUGCGGGCAGGAACCGCCAGACAACAUGGACGUUAGUCAAUGACAGCCACACGGCAGUCUGCUCCGUUGGUCAGCAAGUUACUUUGUUGUUGUUGUUGUUGUUGUCCCGCUAACUCUCCUCUCAAAGCACCGCGACCCUUGCUAGUCGGCGGCGAGAGGCGCCAUCAGGCAGCUCCAGACAUGGUCGACCGUUUCCUACAGUGAUGCUGGCUUGCCACCUGCUUCUGCUUUGUCUUAUCGUCAUCGUCACCAACGUGGGCGCGACUUGAGGGACGUGUGGCCGGCUCAGCCCCGCUAUCGUCGUCCAGACUUCAAAGCAGCGGGACAGUGACGUGAAGGAGGAUGUCGACAGCGAGGACACAGAGCUGACGACAGCCCACCAUGCGAGUUGUCAAGAUGGUGAGCCGCCACAAGCUGUGUGGUCUGCUGGUGCUGGGGGGCGCAGGUCCUCUCGCUCUCUUCCUCUACAUCCUGGCCUGGGCACAGAACUACAGCGCCACCACAGAAGGUCUGAGGUCGGUUCACAAACACUUGGAUGGACUAAGUGACACUGGUAACCACACUCUGUACCUUGCCCAAACAGACCGUAUGACACAAAGUUCCCAGGGUGUGCUGGGACAACACAUCCGGCACAUGUGCCACAAACUAAAGAUGUUGUCUGACAAGAGGAACAUCACCAAUCCUGCCAUCUUUGACCACAUCCUCGUGGAUGAUCGUUUCAAGGUGCUGUACUGCCAGGUGCCAAAGGUGGCAUGCUCCAACUGGCGCCGGGUGUUUCUCUACCUGUCAGGCAAAGUCAAGGCUGGCAGCUUGUUGGACCUGAAGUUGUCAGAUGUACACGGUGCCUAUGAUCAGCACCUGACUUACCUGAGUGACCUGACCCCAGAACAGAUCCACUACCGCCUGGACAACUACUACAAAUUUGUCUUCGUACGCGAACCGUUCGAGCGCCUGCUGUCAGCCUACAGGAACAAGCUGGUGGGCCAGACGUCCACAGCACAAUACUUCAAAGAGAAGUUCGGUCGCUUCAUCAUCAAGCGCUUCCGAGACAAGCCACUGGCUGCCAGUGUCAAAGACAGGAUGAGCAGAGACUUGGUGGAUGAGACCGAUGUGAGGUUCACAGAGUUCCUGCACUACCUGGCUGAUCGCAGCAGGCAGGUGCCGCUGAACGAGCACUGGGCUCAAUACAUUCACCUUUGCCACCCAUGCGUGCUGCAGUAUGACUUCAUUGGAAAGUACGAGAACCUGGAUGCUGAUGCACAGUACGUGCUGCGUGCCAUCCACGCGGACCACCUGGUGACGUUCCCUGCACGUGGCACCACCUACCGCCACAACCGCACAGCAGACUACCUCAGCCAUUACUAUGGCGAUGUGCACCCCAGCCUGCUGCGGCGCAUCUACCGUCUGUACCAGCCUGACUUCCUGCUCUUUAACUACUCUGUGCCCAGCAACAUGCAGCAGCUCAUGGACAGGACAUGAACGAGACCCAAGUAUUAUCACCUGCUGUGAUGUUUGUUUUCAUGAUGCAGGGUUUUUUUUUUUUAAUUUUAUUUUUAAAAAGGUUGUCUUUUGGCAGAGAGGUUACUGGUGAUUUCUGACCGCUAACUACAAUAAUGUCGAUGACAUAAGACCACCUUCAUCCAUUCAGUUCCACAGGUUUUGUAACUGUGAUCUGCAUAUUGUGAUCUUCUAAAAAACCUUUUGAAAGACCUGAAGUUUGACUAGCCAAAAGUCACCAACAGGCAGCAACUUGCCCCGAAAAACAUAAAUGGCAGUUUGAGUUAAAUUUGAUGUAAGGUUGUCUGGAAAACUAUUUACAAGUUUCUAGUACAUGUAUAAUAUUAUAGAUUGAAGAGUCAGAGAUGCUUGUAGAACUGCCCAACUGGAGAAUACUGUGCAUUCAAAAUCUCCAGCCAUUAACUGCCGUUUUGGAAAGCAGUCGUGUGUUGUUUUCUUCCGUCCUGGAAACAUGUUUUCACUAUUGUGCAACAAAAUAAAGAUAUUUAUAUACUUUAGUACCUCCUCUCUGCGCCAAGAGAGUGAUGAAAAAAAAGCAUACCGAUACUCAAAUUUAAAUGACUUCAUACAUGAAUUAUGUCAUGGAAAGAGUUUAAUUUAAUUGGAACAUAAUAAUAUGCUUACGUCUGUUUCGUGCUGUUAAUAAACAAAGAAAGAAAA